CUUGGGCCUAAAACAUGUAUCUAUGUAUUUGUUAACUGCAUCUUCAAGUUAGAAUAGUGGUGCUUGCAUGAUUCAGCAGUGACUUGAAUCCUGGCUUCAACAGCCUCGUCUACUCUCUGCCCCAUAGUAUACCAUACACAGAACCACAACCGACGAUUAGUCUUUAUAUAGCUCUGCUUAACAGUUGAAUUCUCGAUACAUACCAGGAGUACUAGGCAGAUAACCCACAGUCAACGACACCAUCUGAAGCAUCGGCAUUCAUCCGAACAAAAAAGCUAUCCAGACCCCAAAGGGAUUUUCCGUACGACUGUUUCCAUCCUCGUGAUCAUGAGCUCUGGGUGGAAGUUAGGCAAAAAAUUCAAGGAAGCGACGAACUCACUGAAGCAGGCCCCCACGCCAACACCUGAGGUCGUGACUGCUGUCCCAGGCGGCCAAUCUUCCAAUGAAGCUGUCUCUGUGCCAUCCAAACUUUCAGUGACAUCCAAACCAAGUGAGGCCAGAACCGGAGCUGGCGGUACCCUCUCAAUUACUAUCAUCGAGGCCGAGGGCUUGUCGGUUCCAUCCGGCAUCAAUAUCCCAGAUAUCGUCCAGAGGGCCGUAGUCGAGAAUCCCAAGGUUGGCAGCUUGACAGUCGGAAGUCUGGCCGAAAGUCUACCCACCAACGGCGAUAAAAAAGUAAACAAGGAGGGGAUUCCAAGGAAAUACAAUUGGUGGCUUCCUUAUCUCGUGUUGGAGUUUGAUAAGAAUGAGGUUUUAGUCGAAGCUUUGGGCGGCACCAUUGAUUGUCCAGUCUGGAUCUACCAGGCCGACUUCGACGUGUCUCGUACCUCUGAGAUCACUCUCUCAACCUAUCUGCGAACUAGCCCUCAUGGAAGUCAAAAGACUGAUAUGGGUGAUGAUAUCUUCUUAGGAGGGUUGAACUUCCAACCCUCAUUCGAUACCCAAUCGGUCAUCGAUGCUUGGUAUGACACCAAUACAAGCAACGGGACCGGUCGUUUCCAUCUUCAAGUGGCCUUCAAACCCUCGAAGAAUACCCAACUGACUAUCGAGUCAUUUGAGCUCUUGCAAGUGAUCGGUAAGGGGUCUUUUGGAAAAGUGAUGCAAGUGAGGAAGAAGGACACGGGAAGAAUCUAUGCGAUGAAGACCAUCCGAAAAGCACACAUUGUAUCCCGCUCGGAAGUCACUCACACUCUUGCAGAACGGACAGUCCUGGGCCAAGUGAACAAUCCGUUCAUUGUACCGUUGAAGUUCAGCUUCCAGAAUUCCGAAAAGCUUUACUUAGUCUUAUCUUGCAUUAAUGGUGGGGAAUUGUUCCACCAUUUACAGAAGGAAGGAAGGUUUAGUGAAGAAAGGUCAAGACUGUAUGCAGCCGAGUUGCUCUGUGCACUUGAACACCUCCACGCCUACGAUGUGAUUUAUCGUGACCUGAAACCGGAGAACAUUUUGCUAGACUAUACUGGCCACAUCGCGCUCUGUGACUUUGGAUUAUGCAAGUUGAACAUGGGCGAAUCCGAAAAAACCAACACAUUUUGUGGAACUCCCGAAUAUUUGUCCCCUGAGCUUCUUCUUGGACAGGGUUAUUCAAAAAGCGUUGAUUGGUGGACUCUGGGAGUCUUGAUUUAUGAAAUGCUUUCUGGCCUUCCUCCAUAUUAUGACGAAAACGUAAAUGAAAUGUAUCGAAAGAUACUGUACAAUCCCCUACUAUUCGGCCCGGAGAUCAAGCCCCAAGCUCGGUCGCUCUUGACGGGCCUUCUCUCGAGGAAUCCGAAGCGAAGAUUGGGAAGCAAUGGGGCGGAGGAAAUCAAGCACCAUCCAUUCUUCUCCCAGAUCGAUUGGAAACGACUGAUGAUGAAGCAAUACACCCCGCCCUUCAAGCCUAGCGUUGCCAGCGCGAUCGAUACGAGCAACUUCGAUAGUGAAUUCACCAGUGAGGCGCCCAUGGAUUCGGUCGUAGAAGACUCCCAUCUCAGCGAGACUGUUCAACAACAAUUCAUCGGGUUCACCUACAACCCGACGGGGAACUACAUGGGUGGCGAAAGCGUGCGGUGAACACUUUCACAGUUUCCUAUAUAGCCUGGUCGCGCCUGGCCCUCUCUGUAGGAUUCUAAGGAUUCCAGAAACCGGAUCAUUGUCUGUUUACUUAAUACAUACCUCUACACAUACCUGUCCAAAACUUUACACAUGAAAUAGCUGCGACAAACGAUCUACAUAGCAUUAAAGGCAAACAUUGUAAUGAUUUUUUAUUAUUUAAAAAAGGUGAUACAUAUCCGAAUUGGGACGAAGUCAGAAUAAAGCAAUACACGUCUCGUUUCACAAUCGCAGCCUUUGAAUUGCACGUCGCAUUGGUAGUGCUUAUUACUAUUAUUAUUACUUUAUAGACCGGCGACUGAGCUUUGCGAGACUUUUCAUGUCCUGGGUGUCAAGGAUAUUGCGGAUUAUAUACUCUCAUACAUUUCUGUCCCGAUUUUUUCUUUUCUUUUCUUUUUUUUUUUCAGAGUGUUCUGAGUGUGGACAAGCAAUAAAUUUG